AUGGUGGAGGGCAGCAGUGUGCGCGUGCCCUCUGAGCCGCUGAAGGUGAGCGCGGUGUCGGACGAGCGGGUGGACUUCCUGCGGGAGCAGGCCUUCACCGCGUUGCGCCUCAAGACGGACAAGUGGAACCGCUUCAUCGGCGCCGAGGAGAACCAGCACGUGCUGCUGGACUUCCUGGACCAGACGUGGAACGAGCGGCUCAUCCUGUUCUCAGGGCCGGGGGGGACGCUGCACGCAGGGGACGCGGAGACCGCUCCUCCCUGGAGGACCAAGAUCCUGUGUGUGCUCAAAAAGAGGCGGUCCAAAGUGUCCAAGACAGGCUUCCGUACAGAGCUGCGACUGGGCGAGGUGUCAGGGUUCCCCAUGGACCACGCCCCUGUCCUCAUUGCUGAGGUGCUGGUGUCAGUUCUGACCAACCCUGGGAACCAUGGCGGCUGGCCGCGGGUGCUGUCGGAGGACCUGCGGAGACACAUGGAGAAGCUCAAGAGUCGAGUGGUGACCCUCAGAGGUCGAGCUCAAGGACGCACACUCCUGCCCCUUCCCCUGUGUGUGGAGCGCUCCAACCAGUACGACCUGAGUCCUGAGUUCUGUCCGACGGACCGGGCGCUGCUCUACUCCAUCGAGACCAUGGUGAUCCAGUGGACACAGCAGAUGGGCUCUGUGCUGCAGCGGGACUCCUCCCACGUCCUGCGCCAGGGAGCACACCCGGGGCCCGCCGCGGAGCUCCACUUCUGGGCCACACAGAGGGAGAACCUGCUCGGCAUCCAGAAACAGCUUCAGAACCCUAAAGUGGAGCAGGUAGUUGAAAUCCUGCGUCGGAUAAACAGCAGUUACUACGCCUCCUUUAGAGACAUCAUCCUUAAGGUCAACGAGGCCGUGGUGGAGGCGGAGGACAUCGACCUGUACCUGCGUCCACUGAAGAAGCACAUCGGCGUGUUUGAGGAGCGUGCCUUUGGGCAGCUGGAGCCGCUGAUGGCCCCCCUCUUCCACACGCUGGGCCUCAUCUGGACACACUGCCAGCACUACUGCUCCCCCCCACGCAUCGUCACGCUGCUGCAGGAGCUCUGCAACCUGCUCAUAGACAAGGCCUUUGCGUACCUGAUCCCAGAGGAGCUGUUUAAGCUGGAGCUGGAGGAGGGGGUGGAGAGGGUGCAGUGUGCCCUGCAGAUCUUCCGCGCCUACCGCCACUGCUUCCAGCUCUACCGGGACAAGCUCACCCCCACCGGACCCUACCGGCAGCCCGGACGCACCGUCAAGCCCUGGGACUUCCCCUCCGAGCUGGUCUUCCACCGCACUGACCGCAUCAUGGAGAGGCUGCGCAUGAUGGAGGAGUUGUUUGCCUCUGCUCUGGACUUCCUGAAGCUGGAGCGGAUCGAGUUGGGCGGUUCUCGAGGGAAGAUUCUGAGUGAGCUCAUCUACAGCAUGAACGACCAGUUUCAUGACAGCUGGAGAAUCCUGAGGGAGAGCAAGUACGACCCACUGGACUACACUAAACAGGAGUUUGUGCGUGAUUACACCCGAUUCAUGGAACAGAAUCAAGACUUUGAUCAGAGAUUGGGAACCGUGCUGAACCUGGCUUUCCAGCAUUCACAAGGACUAGAGUCUGCCUUUAAGCUCCUGCAGAUGUUCGGGAGUCUUCUGGAGAGGCCCCGCAUCCAUCAGCUGUUUGCCCCCAACUACAGCCUCCUGCUGGGCAUGUUUCAGGAGGAGAUGAGCAGCUGCCAACGGAUCCUGGAGAAACAGAGAGAAAGGCUGCACAGUGGGAGUGCUGUGCUGAGUAAGAACAUGCCUGUAGUGGCCGGAAACCUCAAGUGGUCCCAGGAGCUCAGAGAGCGCAUCCUAACCAACCGCAGCCAUCUCAACCAUCUGGCACACAUGUAGGACACACGUAGACCGCUGGACAGCCCUGAAGCUGAGCAGGUCCUGCACGCGUGUGAGACUGUGCUGGAAGUGCUGGACCAGCUGGAUGAGGAAGUGUUCUCCAGUUGGUGCGUGGGAUUGGACGAGCUCUGCCACACCCACCUGAACGAGCCCCUCCUCACGCUGGACCCUGAGAUGGGUCUGUACAGACUCAACUUCCACCCAGCGCUGACUUCAAUAUUGCGGGAGGUGAAGUAUCUGGGAAUGUUAAAAAAUGAGAACAUUCCCAAAGCAGCUUUGCAUCUCUUCUCUAAACGGGAGACUCUCUACAUGUACACAAGUUCCCUUUCGCUGGUCACCCAGUGGUAUAACAAACUACACAGCACCAUACUUCCUGUAGAGCUGCGAUUGGUUGAGGCCGAGCUGGAGGAAGUGAGGCGUAAGCUAAGCCCAGCCCUACAGGAACUCACAUGGACUGAAGACGAGUUAGGAGACUACAUUCAGAGCACCAGAGAGCUGGUCCACGGUGUGUCCACGCGCGUGCAGCGCAGCAAGAGCAACCUGGACACGCUGCAGGGCCUGAUGGGGGCGUUCAGCCACACGGCCUUCGUCACCAGGAAGAGCAGCCGCAGCGGCCACCUGCUGGUCAUGGCCGACGUCAACGACAGCAUCCGCCGCCAGUACACACUCAUCUCCAACACCGGAGACAAGAUCCACCAGCUCGUAGAGGAGAACCGUUCUCUGCUGGGUGGAGAGGAGGGUUCCGCGGAGUGGCAGUCCUACACCGAGUACGUGGACCGCAUGGUUCUGCAGGGUUUCUGCAGUGCCGUGCGCUGCUCCCUGCAGUACCUGCUGGAGAACACGGACCCGGCGCUCCGCAUCUCUCCGCUCUUCGAGGUCCAGCUCGUGCUGACCUCCGACAUGACCUUUCACCCCUCGCUCGACCUCACCAAGAAGGGCAACUUCUAUGACAUCAUUGAUAAGAUGGUGGGCGAUAUCCUGGGGAUGGCGUCGUUUAUCAAGAGGGUGGCCAGCCACAAAGAGGCCGACACGUACCAGAGUGACAUCAAUGAGAUGCCGGACUUGGCGGAGUUAGCCCAGGUCAUGCGUGGUCGAGCGCGCAGUGCCAUCGCCAAGGUCAAAGAGUUCCAGAGAUCUUUCGCCUCCUACCGCUACCUGUGGACAGACGACAAGGCGGAGUUCAUGAGGCAGUUCCUGCUCUAUGGCCACGCCCUUUCCACAGAGGAGGCGGAGCUCUAUGCUGAUUACGAGCUGGCCAAAAACCCGCCCAAAUUACAAAACUUCAAAGAGCAGAUAAGUGUGUUUGAGUCUCUGUACCAGAAGGUGUGUAACCUUGAAGAUAAGCGCAUCUUCUGUGGAUGGUGCCAGCUGGACAUGAAGCCUUUCAAAGUGGCCCUGAUGAACGCCAUCAAGAAAUGGAGCUGGAUGUUUAAAGAGCACCUCAUGAGCCAUGUCAAUGACAGUGUGCGUGAUCUGGCCGUCUUCAUCGAGAGCACGGACGGCGGUCUCAGCAAGAAGGUGACGGACGGCGACUACGCCGGCCUGGUGGACAUCAUGGGUCAUCUGAUGGCCAUCAGGGACAGGCAGAUCAGCACCGACCAGCACUUCAAACCACUGCAGGCCACCGCCGACCUGCUCAAGACCUACGGCCAGCAGCUGCCCGAGGAUGUCUACGCACAGCUGGAGGAGUUGCCUGAGAAGUGGAAAAGCCUGAAGAAGGUGGCGUUCACCGUCAAACACGAGGUGGCCCCCCUGCAGUCCAACGAGGUGGCUGUCAUCAGGAGAAAGUGUGUGCGUUUUGAGAUCAAGCAGCAUGACUUCAGGGAACAGUUUCGCAAAGAGGCCAUCUUUCGCAUCAGUGUGACUGAGCCAUAUAAACUACUGGACAAGACCAACCGCUCAGUGGCUCAGUUGGAGAGUGAGAUGAAGAGGCUGCAGGACACAGCCGAGCUGUUCGAGGUCAGUUUCCCCGACUACAAGCAGCUCAGGCAGUGCCGCUCCGACAUCGUCCUGCUCAAGCAAGUCUGGGACAUGGUCAUCUUCGUUAAGACAAGUAUUGAAGACUGGACAAAGACACCUUGGAAGGAGAUCAAUGUGGAACAGAUGGACAUGGAACUGAGGAGAUUUGCCAAGGAGAUGAAGACGCUGGAUAAAGAGGUGCGAGUGUGGGACGUGUACACUGGGCUGGAGUCCACCGUGAAGAACCUGCUGACGUCCCUGAGAGCUGUGAACGAGCUGCAGAACCCGGCCGUCAGGGAGAGACACUGGCAACAGCUCAUGAGAACUACGGGGGUGAGUUUUGUGAUGGAUGAGUCCACUCGUCUGGGAGACCUGCUGGAGCUGCAGUUGCACCGCGUGGAGGAAGAGGUCAAGAACAUAGUGGACAAGGCAGUCAAAGAGAUGGGCAUUGAGAAAGUUCUGGGGGAGAUCAACCAGACGUGGUCCCAGAUGUCUCUGUCCUACGACACACACUCCAGCACAGGGACCCCACUGCUCAAGGCCGACGAGAACCUCAUUGAAACACUGGAGGACAAUCAGGUGCAGCUGCAGAACAUCCUGAUGAGUAAGUACGUCGAGUACUUCCUGGUUCAGGUGAGCGCGUGGCAGAGGAAGCUGAUGUUGGCCGACCUGGUGAUCAGCACCUGGAUGGGCGUGCAGCGCACCUGGGCUCACCUGCAGAGCAUCUUCACCAACUCAGAGGACAUCCGCAACCAGCUGGCCCAGGAUGCUGAGCGCUUCCAGGGCAUCCACCUGGACCUCCAGAAUCUGAUGGUGGAGGUGGUCAAGACAGACAAUGUGAUCGCUGUGACAAACGAGACGGGAUUUCUGGAGAAGCUGGAGGCUCUGCAGCAGAGGUUGUCUGUGUGCGAGAAGGCUCUGGCUGAGUAUCUGGAGACUAAGAGGCUGACGUUCCCACGAUUCUACUUUGUGUCGGCCACUGAUCUGCUGGAGAUCGUUUCCAAGGGAACACAACCGAGACAGGUCACCCGGCACCUGCUGAAGCUCUUUGAUAAUCUGGCAGACUUGAAGUUCCAGGGGGAGGAGAGGGAGGGGGAGCCAGCCGUUGCCAUAGGGAUGUACAGCCGAGAGAGGGAGUACGUGCCCUUCUCUGAGCCGUGUGUCUGUGAGGGACAGGCUGAGAGCUGGUUGAAUGCACUGGAGGCCACCAUGCGCCGGACAGUGCGGCAAGAGAUCAUGGAGGCCGUUUCAGCUUACGAGGACAAACCACGCGACCAGUGGCUCCUCGAUUUUCCUGCGCAGGUGGCCCUGACUGGCAGUCAGAUUUGGUGGGCCACUGACGUUGGCAUCGCCUUUGAGCGGGUAGAGGAGGGCUUUGAGACUGCCCUGAAAGACUACAACAAGAAACAGAUCACCCAGCUGAACUCCCUGAUCAACAUGCUCCUGGGCGAGCUGACCCCUGGUGACCGACAGAAGGUCAUGACCCUGUGCACCAUUGACGUGCACGCUCGAGACGUGGUGGCCAAGCUCAUUACUCAAAGGGUGAUGAACGGUCAGGCGUUUGCGUGGCUGUCCCAGUUGCGGCAUCGCUGGGACGAGGAGCUCAAACACUGCUUGGUCAACAUCUGUGAUGCCCAGUUUCAGUUCUCAUACGAGUACCUUGGCAACACCACACGUCUGGUCAUCACCCCUCUCACAGACAGAUGCUACAUCACGCUGACCCAGUCCCUGCACCUGACCAUGAGUGGCGCCCCCUCUGGCCCUGCCGGCACCGGCAAGACGGAGACCACCAAAGACCUGGGCCGCUCCCUGGGCGUCAUGGUCUACGUGUUCAACUGCUCCGAGCAGAUGGACUACAAGUCCAUAGGGAACAUCUAUAAAGGCCUGGCCCAGACAGGGGUGUGGGGCUGCUUUGAUGAGUUCAACAGGAUCUCCGUAGAGGUGCUGUCUGUGGUGGCUGUGCAGGUCAAGACCAUUCAGGAUGCCAUUCGGAAUAAGAGACAGAGGUUCCAGUUCCUGGGGGAGGAGAUUGAGCUGAAAUCGACUGUUGGGAUCUUCAUCACUCUCAACCCAGGUUAUGCCGGCAGAACCGAACUUCCAGAGAACCUCAAGGCCCUGUUCAGGCCGUGUGCGAUGGUCAUCCCUGACUUUGAGCUCAUCUGUGAGAUCAUGCUGGUGGCCGAGGGCUUCAUCGAUGCGCGGCUGCUGGCUCGCAAAUUCAUCAGCCUGUACACUCUCUGCAAGGAGCUGCUCUCUAAACAGGAUCAUUAUGACUGGGGUCUCAGAGCCAUCAAGUCAGUGCUGGUGGUAGCAGGCUCACUGAAGCGCGGGGACAGGAGCAAGCCUGAGGAGCAGGUGCUGAUGCGCGCCCUGCGGGACUUUAACCUGCCCAAGAUCGUGACCAGCGACGUUCCCAUAUUCCUGGGGCUCAUCAGUGACCUCUUCCCUCUCCUGGACGUUCCUCGGAAAAGGGACACGGAGCUGGAGCAGGCUGUGCGGCAGGCCAUCUCCGAGCUACGUCUGCAGCCUGAGGAGAACUUCAUCCUAAAGGUGACUCAGCUGGAGGAGCUGUUGGCUGUGCGGCACUCUGUGUUUGUAGUGGGGGGACCUGGAACAGGCAAGAGUCAGAUUCUAAAGACGCUCCACCGGACGUAUUCUAACUUGAGGAUGAAGCCUGUGUGGAACGACAUGAACCCAAAGGCUGUCACCACCGAUGAGCUCUUCGGGUUCCUACACCCUGCCACACGCGAGUGGAAAGAUGGCCUGUUCUCUUCCACCAUGAGAGAACUUUCCAGCAUGUCUCACGACGGACCCAAAUGGAUCGUUCUGGACGGGGACAUAGACCCCAUGUGGAUCGAAUCCCUGAACACAGUCAUGGAUGACAACAAGGUGCUGACGCUGGCCAGUAACGAGCGUAUCUCCCUGACCUCCUCCAUGCGUCUGAUGUUUGAGAUCAGUCACCUCAGCGCUGCCACGCCGGCCACUGUGUCCAGGGCGGGCAUCCUCUACGUCAACCCCCAGGACCUCGGCUGGAGCUCGUAUGUCACCAGCUGGAUUGACACUCGCAAGGCCCAAUCAGAGCGAGCCAAUCUGACCAUCCUGUUUGACAAGUAUGUGCCCUACUGUCUGGAGCAGGUGCGUUGUAAUCUCAAGACCAUCACCCCCAUACCAGAGAACAGCAUGGUGCAGACGCUGUGCUCCCUGCUGGACUGCCUGCUGACGGAGGAGAACACCCCCCCUGACUCCCCGCGGGAGCUCUAUGAGCUCUACUUUGUCUUCGCCUGCGUCUGGGCCUUUGGAGGGGCUCUCUUCCAGGACCAUCUGAUUGACUACCGUGCAGAGUUCAGCCGCUGGUGGUGUAAGGAGAUGCGUGCGGUCAAGUUCCCCUCCCAGGGCACCGUCUUUGAUUACUACAUCGACCCUGACACCAAGAAGUUCACCUCCUGGAGCGACCAGACACCCCCCUUUGAGCUGGAGCCUGAUGUCCCUCUGCAGACGGUGCUGGUCCCCACGUCUGAGACCAUCUGCCUGACGUACUUUGUGGACCUGCUGGUCCAGAGGGGCAAGCCGGUGAUGCUGGUGGGCAAUGCGGGGGUGGGCAAGACCAUCCUGGUGUCCGACAAGGUGGCCCAGCUCAAGGAGGAGUACACCGUGGCUAAGGUGCCCUUCAACUACUACACCACCUCAGCCAUGCUACAGCGGGUCCUGGAGAAGCCCCUGGAGAAGAAGGCUGGCCGUAACUUUGCUCCGGCCGGCACUAAGAAGCUCAUCUACUUUGUGGACGACCUCAACAUGCCAGAGGUGGACGCCUACGGCACAGUGCAGCCCCACACACUUAUUAGGCAACACCUGGACUACUCGCACUGGUAUGAUAGACAGAGACUGGUUCUGAAGGAGAUCCACAACUGCCAGUAUAUCACCUGCAUGAACCCAACAGCAGGCAGCUUCUCUGUCAACCCCAGACUACAGAGGCACUUCUCUGUGUUUGCGGUCCACUUCCCCGGGCCGGACUCGCUGGCCACCAUCUACAGCAGCGUGCUGAGUGCCCACUUCCAGCAGGGCGGCUACAGCUACGGGGUGAGCCGCUCGGUGGGCACCUUGGCACAGGCGGCCGUCUGCCUGCACCAGAAGAUGACCCAGAACUUCCUGCCCACCGCCAUACGCUUCCACUACAUCUUCAACCUCCGCGACCUCUCCAGCAUCUUCCAGGGUAUUCUGUUUGCGUUGCCUGAGGCGGUGCGCUACCCCAUUGACCUGGUGCACCUGUGGCUGCACGAGAGCUCCCGCGUGUACGCAGACAAACUCAUGGAGGAGAAGGACGUGGAGCUCUUCAACAAGAUCCUGCUGGACACCGGCAAGAGGUACUUCGAGGGGAUAGACGAGUCCAUCUUCAUCCACCAGCCGCUGAUCUACUGCCACUUUGCCCACGGUGUGCGUGAGCCGCGCUACUUCCGCGUGUCGGACUGGGAGAAGCUGCACAAGACGCUGAGUGAGGCGCUGGAGCACUACAAUGAGGUGCACGCCGUCAUGGACCUGGUGCUGUUCGAGGAGGCCAUGCAGCACGUGUGCCGUAUCAGCCGUAUCCUGGAGGCCCCGUAUGGGAACGCGCUGCUGAUUGGGGUGGGGGGCAGUGGGAAGCAGAGCCUGUGUCGCCUGGCUGCCUUCCUCAGCUCCCUGGAGGUCUUCCAGAUCACCCUGCGCAAGGGCUACGGCAUCGGAGACCUCCGGAGUGACAUUGCUGCCCUGUACAUCAAAGUGGGAGUGAAGAACAUUGGCACAGUGUUUCUGCACACUGAUGCUCAGAUCCCUGACGAGCGAUUCCUGGUGCUCAUCAAUGACAUGCUAGCCUCAGGGGACAUCCCUGACCUGUUCACGGAGGAGGAGGUGGACAUGAUUGUAACGUCCAUCCGGCUGGAGCUCAGAGGCCUGGGGCUGCUGGACACCAGGGAUAACUGCUGGACCUUCUUCAUCGAGAGGAUCAGACGCCAGCUCAAGGUGGUGCUGUGCUUCUCCCCGGUGGGCUUCACCCUGAGGACGCGGGCGCGGAAGUUCCCCGCCCUGGUCAACUGCACGGCCAUCGACUGGUUCCACGCCUGGCCUCAGCUCGCACUGCAGUCCGUCAGCACCACCUUCAUCGAGAAGAUCAGUGGGCUGGAGCCUGAAGUGAAGGCCUCCAUCAGCGAGUUCAUCUCCUUCGCCCACACCGGCGUGAACGAGGUGAGCGUCAAGUACCAGCAGAACGAGAAGCACUUCAACUACACCACCCCCAAGAGCUUCCUGGAGUUCAUGAAGCUCUACGGCAACCUGCUGGGGACAAAAAGGCGGGAGCUCACCCAGAAGAUGGAGAGGCUGGAGAACGGUCUGCAGAAACUCCAGAGCACAGCGUCCCAGGUGGAGGACCUGAAGGCGAAGCUGGCGGUGCAGGAGGUGGAGUUGCACCAGCGGAACAGCGACACAGAGGCCCUCAUCGCCAAGAUCGGCCAGCAGACCGACAAACUCAACAUGGAGAGGAGCACUGCAGACGCAGAGGAACAGAAAGUAGCUGCUAUCCAGGCAGAGGUCAGUAAACAGCAGCAGGAGAGUGAGAAUGACUUGGCCAAGGCAGAGCCCGCCCUACAGGCAGCCAACGCAGCACUGAACACCCUCAACCGGCUGAAUCUGACUGAGCUGAGGACCUUCCCCAACCCUCCGGUCAUCGUCACCAACGUCUCGGCCGCUGUGCUGGUGCUCCUGUCCCCCAGCGGACGCAUCCCCAAAGACCGCAGCUGGAAGGCGGCUAAAGUGGUCAUGAGCAAGGUGGAUGACUUCCUGCAGGCGCUGGUGAACUUUGAUAAGGAGCACAUCUCUGAGGCCACGGUGCGCGUGGUGAGGGACGAGUACCUGAGUGACCCCGAGUUCAACCCCGAGUUCGUGCGCCUCAAGUCCUCCGCCGCCGCAGGCCUCUGUGCCUGGGUCAUCAACAUCAUACGCUUCCACGAGGUGUUCUGUGAGGUUGAGGUAAAGCGGAUGAGUCUGUCUCAGGCCAAUGCUGAUCUUGCUGAGGCUGCAGAGAAACUGGAGGUCAUCAGAAAGAAGCUGACUGAGUUGGACAGCAGUCUGGACACGCUGACACAGGCUUUUGAGAAGGCCACAUCUGAGAAACUUCGCUGUCAAGAUGAAGUGAACCGCACCAACAAAACCAUCGAGCUGGCCAACAGACUGGUGAAGGGCCUGGAGUCGGAGAACGUGCGCUGGGCCCACUCUGUGGCUCAGUACCAUGAGCAGGAGCAGACUCUGUGUGGAGACGUUCUCCUCACCGCCGCCUUCAUCUCCUACGCCGGCUCCUUCUCCAAGAAGUACCGCCACGAGCUACUCGAGAACCUCUGGAGACCCUUCCUCCGCAGCCAAAAGGUCCCCAUCCCCAUGACUGAGGGUCUGGACCCGGUGUGCAUGCUGACGGACGAUGCCACCAUCGCCCAGUGGAAUAACGAGGGCUUGCCCGGCGACAAGAUGUCCACCCAGAACGCCACCAUCCUGACCAACUGCGAGCGCUGGCCCCUCCUCAUCGACCCGCAGCUGCAGGGCAUCAAGUGGAUCAAGAGUCGCUACGGCAACGACCUCAGGGUCAUCAGCCUGGGACUGAAAGGGUAUGUGGAUGUGAUUGAGCAGGCGGUGGUGACAGGAGACCCGGUGCUGAUUGAGAACCUGGAGGAGACGGUGGACCCUGUCUUAGACCCCCUGCUGGGACGACACACCAUCAAGAAGGGCAGGUGCAUUAAAGUGGGAGAUAAGGAGUGCUUCUUCCACCCGGACUUCCGGCUCAUCCUGCACACCAAGCUGGCCAACCCGCACUACAAGCCGGAGAUCCAGGCCCAGACCACCCUCAUCAACUUCACCGUGACGCGCGACGGCCUGGAGGACCAGCUGCUGGCCCAGGUGGUCAACCUGGAGAGACCCGACCUGGAGCGCCUCAAGUCGGAGCUGACUAAGCAGCAGAACACGUUUAAGAUCGAGGUGAAGCAGCUGGAGGAUGAGCUGCUGACACGUCUGUCUGCUGCUGAGAGCAACUUCCUGGGAGACAACGUGCUCGUGGAGAAGCUGGAGACCACCAAGCACACGGCCGCCGAGAUAGAGAUGAAGGUCCUGGAGGCGAAGGUGAAUGAGGUGAAGAUAAAUGAGGCCCGUGAGCACUACAGACCCGUCGCUGUCAGAGCCUCACUGCUCUACUUCAUCAUGAACGACCUCAACAAGAUCAACCCCAUGUACCAGUUCUCCCUAAAGGCGUUUAACGUGGUGUUCCAUAAGGCGGUGGAGGUGUCGGAGGCGAGCGUGGACGUGCACAGCAGAGUGAACACGCUCAUCGACUGCAUCACCUACUCCACCUUCAACUACAUCAACAGGGGCCUGUUCGAGAGGGACAAGCUCACCUUCACGGCACAGCUGGCAUUUCAGUUGCUGUUGAUGAGUAAGGAGAUUGAUGCGCGGGAGCUGGACUUCCUGCUCAGGUUUAAUGUGGACCAUAGCUACAGCAGUCCUGUUGACUUCCUGCCUAACUCUGCCUGGAGCGCUAUCAAGACGAUGAGCUUCACGGACGAGUUUCGCGGUCUGGAGCGGGACAUCGAGGGCUCGCCCAAGCGCUGGAAGAAGGUGGUGGAGUCGGAGUGUCCGGAGAAGGAGAAACUCCCGCAGGAGUGGAAGACCAAGAGCUCCCUGCAGAAACUCAUCAUGAUGCGCGCACUGCGUCCAGACAGGAUGACCUACGCCGUCAGGAACUUUGUGGAGGAGAAGCUGGGGGUGAAGUACACGGAGGGCCGCAAGACAGAGUUCGCCAAGUCCUUCAGGGAGAGCGGCCCGGCAUCGCCCGUCUUCUUCAUCCUCUCCCCCGGGGUCGACCCCCUCAAGGACGUGGAGUCCCUGGGGAAGAAGCUUGGCUUCACCAUAGACCUGGGCAAACUGCACAAUGUGUCUCUUGGACAAGGACAGGAGGCUGUCGCUGAAGUUGCCAUGGAGAAGGCCUCUCAGGAAGGCCACUGGGUCAUCCUACAGAAUAUCCACCUGGUGGCUAAGUGGCUGGGCACCCUGGAGAAGCUUCUGGAACGCUACAGCGAGGGCAGUCACCAUGACUACCGGGUGUUCAUGAGCGCAGAGCCGGCGCCCACCCCUCAGGAGCACAUCAUCCCACAGGGCAUUCUGGAGAACUCCAUCAAGAUCACCAACGAGCCGCCCACUGGCAUGCUGGCCAACGUGCACGCUGCUCUGGACAACUUCGACCAGGGCAUCCUGGACCAGUGCUCGCGUGAGCAGGAGUUUAAGACCAUCCUCUUCUCCCUUUGCUACUUCCACGCCUGUGUAGCCGAGCGACGCAAGUUUGGACCACAGGGCUGGAACAGGAAGUAUCCCUUCAACACCGGAGACCUCACCAUCUCCGUCAGCGUCCUCUACAACUACCUGGAGGCUAAUGCACAGGUUCCCUGGGAGGACCUUAGGUAUCUCUUUGGCGAGAUCAUGUACGGCGGCCACAUUACUGAUGACUGGGACAGAAGACUCUGCCGCACUUACCUGGAGGAGUAUAUGCAGCCCAAUCAAUUUGACCGGAAGCUGUCUCUAGCGCCGGGCUUCGUGGUGCCCUCCAACCUGGACUACCAGGGCUACCACACGUACGUGGACGAGAUGCUGCCCCACGAGAGCCCCGUCCACUACGGCCUGCACCCCAACGCCGAGAUCGAGUUCCUGACCGUCACGUCCGACGGCCUCUUCCACACGCUCCUGGAGCUGCAGUCCAGGGACUCGGCCAUGGGAGAGGGCGCCUCCCAAACCACAGAGGAGAAGGUAAAAACCAUCCUGGACGACAUCUUAGAGAAACUGCCGGAAGAGUACAACAUGUCGGACAUCUCGUCCAAGACGGCUGAGCGCUCCCCGUACAUCUUGGUGUGCUUCCAGGAGUGUGAGCGCAUGAACACACUCAUUCACGAAAUACGCCGCUCACUCAAGGAGCUGGACCUGGGCCUCAAGGGAGAGUUAGCUAUUUCCACUGAGAUGGAGCAGCUGCAAACAGCUCUGUUCUUUGAUAACGUUCCCGACACCUGGACCAAGCUGGCAUACCCAUCCACCUACAGCUUGGCACUGUGGUAUCACGACCUGCUGCUCCGUUGUCGAGAGCUUGACAGCUGGACUCAGGAUCUGGCUCUGCCCAAUGUGGUAUGGCUGUCUGGCCUUUUCAACCCUCAAUCAUUUCUCACAGCUGUGAUGCAGAGCCUGGCCAGGAAGAAUGAGUGGCCUCUGGACAAGAUGAACCUGACUGUGGAUGUCACCAAGAAGUUCAAGGAGGAGUUCAACCAGCCAGCAAGAGAGGGGGCGUAUGUCUACGGACUUUACAUGGAGGGUGCGCGAUGGGACACUCAGGGCGGGAACAUCACGGAAGCGCGCCUGAAGGACCUAACUCCCAGCAUGCCCGUGAUCUUCGUGCGGGCGAUGCCCAACGACCGGCAGGAGACGCGCAACACCUACGAGUGCCCCGUCUACAAGACCAAGCUCCGCGGCAACACCUACAUCUGGACCUUCAGCCUCAAGACCCGCGAGAGGCCGGCCAAGUGGGUACUAGCAGGAGUGGCCCUGCUGCUCAGUGUGUGA